AUGGAAAACUACACCUACAACAGCUUCACUCUCCAGAUGGAGGGGUUAAAAAUCACAAAGGAAACCAUGUACCCUGUCUUUUUCUUGUACUUAACUUCCUAUAUUGUUAUAAUGGUUAUGAACAUUGGGAUUUCCAUUCUAAUUGUCAUAGAUAAGAACCUUCACCAGCCCAUGUAUCUCCUGUUGUGUAGCCUGUCAGUCAGUGACAUCAUCGGAAGCACUAAUAUUAUGCCCCGGUUGCUGUCAGACAUCCUGCGUCCUCCCUCCGAGCGCCUCAUCAGCUACUACGAGUGUGUGCUGCAGGGGUUCACCACACAAUUGUUCGGCACCACCUCUCACACCGUGCUCAUGAUCAUGGCCUUUGACAGAUACGUGGCCAUCUGUAAUCCUCUGCGUUACGCCGCCAUCAUGACCAACAAGAUGGUGGUCAAGCUUACUGUGUCUGCCUGGGGCGUGGCCUUUGUUCUGGUGGGGAUUCUGCUGGGUUUGACCAUAAGACUGAACCGAUGCAGGACAGUGAUCAUGAAUCCUUGCUGUGACAACGCCUCGCUGUUCAAACUCUCCUGUGAGAGUGUGUUUAUUAAUAACAUCUACGGCCUCACGUUCACCGUGGUCCUGCUCUCUUCUUCUAUCGGCAGCAUAGUUCUCACCUACGCUAAGAUCACAGUCGUGUGUGUGACCAGUAAGAGCAAGUCUCUGAACAGUAAGGCCCUGAAGACCUGCAGCACACACCUGAUGUCGUAUAUGAUCAUGCUGUGUAGUGGAUUUAUUGUUGUUAUUGCCUUGAUGCGCGACACAUUGGACUUCUCCAGCCCUACCUACGCCUUAACCGUAGCCCUACUUACGCCUAAACUGCAGCCCUACCUACGCCUUAACCGUAGCCCUACUUCGCCUAAACUGCAGCCCUACCUACGCCUUAACCGUAGUCCUACCUACGCCUUAACCUUAGUCCUACCUACACCUAUACUGCAGCUCUACCUACGCCUCAACCCCCUACCAAUGCCUAUACUGCAGCCCUACCUAGGCCUUAACCGCAGCCUUACCUACGCCUAA